CAGGAAAAAACGGUUCUCGAGAUGAACGAAAUAACACGAUUAAAAUCGCAAAUAUCUUCACGAUUUUCGAUCGGCGGCUUCCAGAUACGCAGUGAUGCGAGCACCUUUCUCGCUCAGCAAAUCCAACCGCUGUCGGAGACGGAACGCAAAACGUGGAUCACGAAUGUGGCGAAUCACGUACAGAGCCAGAACCUGGCCCAACCGAUCGUCGAACGGAAACACAUAGAACAGGCCAUCAAGGAGGCCAGCAACACCGGCCUGGAUGACGCGGAAACGGUGUUCCAGGUGAUCAGCGCGUUCGAGGUGCCGUCGUUCGUUUACGUGGAGGAGAGGAAAAAGUUUUUGCCCGUACCAACUAGCACGAAGCUCCAGUUACUGGGCCCUCCGGAUGCCAAGUCCAAUUACCUGCGUGAACGUUAUCUGAUGCUUUGGCAGAAGACACACCGUCAUGAGAUGUUUUCCCACCGAAGCACUCCGGGUACGAUUACCGGGACAGGCAAAAGCAAGCUAACAUUACGAAAGGUAGAGAAUCUGUUGUCCACUUCGAAGAUGAACGACGUUGUGAUGCUGGGACUACUGACACAGCUCACCGAGGGACGCUUUUACCUGGAGGAUCCGACCGGUUCCGUGCCGAUCGAUCUCAGCACAACCGCGUUCUCGGCCGGACUGUUCUGUGAGGGUUGUUUUGUGCUGGCAUGCGGCAAGUUUCGCGAUGGUACGCUUAAGAUCGAAGAGAUUGGUUUUCCGCCACCCGAACUGGCAGCAAGCAGUCGAGCAUUUUUCGGAUCAGUCAAUAGUUGGGGUGGUCCGUCGAAAACAUUGCUAAAAAAUUCACGCAACCUGGCGGAACUGGAAAAGGGGAACCCUGACCAUAGUUUAAUAUUUGUUUCGGACUGCUGGCUGGACAGUGCGGAGGUGAUGGAGAAACUGAAACAGCUGCUGAAGGGAUACGACGAUUUCCCUCCCGUUGCCAUCGUGCUGAUGGGACCGUUUGGCAAGCAACAAGACAAUGUUUACGGACUAAAGAAUCGCUUCCAGAUGCUGGGUGAACUGUUAAGCACCUGCGAAAAGCUAAAAGCACAGACCGAUCUUGUGCUAGUACCUUCGUGUGAUGAUCCGGCUGCUGCGAAUAUUCUACCACGGCCACCGAUACCGAAUGCAAUUGCAGGCGAGCUAGUGAAACGGUAUCCGCGUACCAUUUUGGCCACCAAUCCCUGCCGGUUACAAUACUGUACGCAACAGAUAGUUGUUUGUCGUGCCGAUUUGGUGACGAAAUUGUGUCGCAAUACGAUCCACUUCCCGAAACAGGGUCACUUGGAAGAGCAUUUUGCUCGUACACUCAUCAGCCAGGGUACGUUGGCUCCACUACAUCCGAUCGCAUUCCCGACCCACUGGAGUUACGAUGCAGCCCUUUCGCUCUACCCUCUGCCGGAUCUGGUCGUGAUCGGGGAUCCUUGCCAAGCAUUUCAAACUACCGAACAGAACUGCACGGUGAUGAAUGUUGGAUCGUUUCCGAAAUCAAAGUUUGCCUUCAAGGUGUAUUAUCCAUCGAACCGAACCGUGGAAGAUUCUCAGAUACCCGACGAGGACGAUUGAUCAGAUACAACCAUUUUCGGAUGCCGAUAGCAUUUAGACAAUUAGGACAGUUUUGUGCAUAAAUUGGGAGAAUGAUAAAAUAAUUUCAUCAACAACUUGGAUGUGCCUUGUCAUACGUGUCUGCAGUGGUUCGUUCACUUGUUUAAACAUUGUUGGAUGAUACGUGUUGCUCUCCGUUUCGUCGCGAUGCCACUCAAUGUCGUUUUGCCCGGUAGUUUUUAUCUGCGAAUGGUAAAUUACGUGGCAAUACCUUUGCGAGUCUUAUGAAUAUAAGAAAUGAUUGCUUUAAUGGAAACGGCUUUGCUUGGUGUUCUGCAG